UUAAUUUAGCUAAAUAUUGGACUUUAUGUGUCUAAAUGGCUUUCAAGAAUGCAUGAUCUGUUGACAUUGCGACAGGAAGUGCCGCCUGAAAAGCUACACUCAGGGUGAAAUGUUGCCCGCGUUUGCAUGGAGGCUCAGUUACCAAGGAGACGGGAGCGUGUGUGUGUGUGUGUAUGUAUAUAAGGGGGACACUGCAAACAUGGCGGAGCUCCACGUCAUAGGCCAGAUCGUCGGGGCUGCUGGUUUCCCGCAGAGUAGUCUGUUUUGCAAAUGGGGAGUACACACGGGUGGAGCAUGGCGGCUGCUGUCCGGGCUGAAGGAGGGUCAGACCCAGGUGGAUGUCCCCCAGACGGGAGACACGGCGUACUGGAGCCACCCCAUCGACCUGCACUACGCCACCAAGGGCCUCCAGGGCUGGCCCAAGCUCCACCUCCAGGUGUGGCACCAGGACUCCUUCGGCCGCUGCGAGCUGUACGGGUACGGCUACUGCCACGUCCCCUCCAGCCCCGGACACCACCGGGUGCACUGCGCCACCUGGAGGCCGCUCGGCUCCUGGCAAGAGCAGCUGGCGCAAAUGUUCGUCGGCGGGGGCCCGCAGCUCCGCAGCCCGGACCUGGUGUACAGCGGGGCGGACAGAUACAGGCUGCACACCGAGGCCCGGGGCACCGUGGAGCUGGAGCUGGGCGUCGUCAUGAGACACUUUGACAAAUAUGGCGUGGAGAGUUAACACUGUGGCUUCAAACAAGACUUUGGGGUGGAAGUUUAAUAUGU